AGGAAGAUAUUUGCCCAGAUUUGCGCUCUGUCAUACAAAGUCCGGCGGAAUGAAUAGAUCUCCUGAAAGCUGAGCGCGGCGGUGCCAGAGUUGGGUGAAAGGGGUAAGAAGGGUUCACCGCAACACGAGCGCGCUUGGAGGCCAAUGUCCCGCGAGGUAGAGACGGACAAGGACGAGGAGGAGGGGCAAACCUGGAAGAACAGUCGGAGGAGAGAUACUGGGAUCACUGCGAGGACAGCGAUGAGGGACCGGGAACAGGGACAGCAGUGGCCCGUGAUUUUCCUAGUCGCGCUCGCCUUGCAGUUGCAUACGGUGUGUGCAGUGGGCAUGUUCGAGCUGCAGAUCCGGCAGGUGCAGAACUCCCAGGGGCCAGCGGGAGGCCAGCGCUGCUCCUUCAGCGACCAGUGCAACACUUUCUUCCGCGCCUGCCUCAAGGAGUACCAGGCGCGGGUCUCGCCCACGGGCACCUGCACCUUCGGGACGGGCAGCACCGCCGUCCUGGGCGGGAACUCCUUCUCCCUGCGGCACCGUGGGCACGGAGGGGGCGGGGCCGGAGCUGGAGAGAGCAGCAACGGACGCAUUGUCAUUCCGUUCAAGUACGCCUGGCCGAAAUCCUUCUCCCUGGUGCUUGAGGCCCUGGACCAUGACAAUGAGACCUCAGAGCCAGGCCAGGAGGAAUUGAUAGAGAGGGUGCUGCUGUCAUCCAUGCUGAACCCAGGGGAGCAGUGGCAGACCUUCAAGCACCACGGCCGACACCUGACUCUGGAGUACCGGCUGCGCUUCCGCUGUGAUGUAAACUACUACGGCCCAUUCUGCAACAAGUUCUGCCGCGCCCGUGAUGACUUCUUUGGCCACUUUGGCUGUGACGCAGCGGGUAGCAAAGUGUGUAUGGAGGGCUGGACAGGGCCUGAGUGUCGGCAGGCGGUUUGCAGGCAGGGCUGUCACCUGGCUCACGGCUCCUGCAGCCUACCUGGAGAGUGCAAGUGUCACUAUGGCUGGCAGGGCCCUCUGUGUGACCAGUGCGUAACGUUCCCGGGCUGUGUUCAUGGCAGCUGCACUGAACCCUGGAAGUGCGUCUGUGACACCAACUGGGGCGGGCUCCUCUGUGACAAAGACCUGAAUUACUGCGGCACCCACCAGCCCUGUAAGAAUGGGGGCACCUGUGCCAACACGGAGCCCAACGAGUACCAGUGCGUGUGCCAAGAGGGCUUCCGGGGCCGCAACUGUGACAUCGUGGAGCAUGCUUGCCUAUCGGCCCCCUGUCUCAACGGAGGCACUUGCCUGGAGACUGACGUGGGUUUCAGCUGUGUCUGCGCAGAUGGCUGGACAGGACACACCUGCGCAUCUGCCGUGCAGCAGUGUGCAUCCAACCCGUGUGGCCGGGGGUCGACAUGUCAAGAUCAGCCGCAAGGGUUCCAGUGCUUGUGCGCCCCCGGGUGGACAGGCAGAACCUGCCAGCUGGAUACCAAUGAGUGUGAGGCCAGGGUGUGUGUCAACGCCCAGUCAUGCCGCAACCUGAUUGGUGGAUAUCUUUGCAACUGUCUGCCUGGCUGGACAGGGCCGAAUUGUGAUAUUGCCAACAGCAGCUGCCAGGGGAGGUGUCUGAAUGGGGGACACUGUGAGGAGACACCCUCAGGAUCCCAGUGCCACUGCUUGCCGGGUUUCUCAGGGAAGUACUGCCAGGUGGGACCCGGUGGCUGUGACAGCGCCCCCUGUCUGCACGGAGGACAGUGCGUGGAGGGGGAAGGGGAAGCUACGCUGUGCCACUGUCCACUGGGCUACACAGGGACCCACUGUGAGGUCGUGGUGGACUUAUGCAACCCCAACCCGUGCCAGCAGGGGGUGCCGUGCCGGAGCACAGAGGGAGGGUACUUGUGUGCCUGCCCUGAAGGCUACCAUGGCAAUGAGUGCAUGAGCUUCAAGGACCCGUGCCAUGGACAGCAGUGUCCAGGUGCCAUGUCAGACCCUGCAGGAGGCGGGGUCAGUCUGUACAUGCUGCUGGUGGGUGUGCUGGCGCUGGUGGCUGCGGGCGGCUGCGUGGGCUGCGUGCUGCUGCUGUCCCGGCUGCGCAGGCAGAGGCAGAAACAGCAGCUGCAGAGGGCGGGGCCAGACGAGGGCAUCAACAACCAGCGGGAGUUCGUCACCCUCAUCCGCAACCUGGACCGCACUGUGCCCCUCCUGCCGCCCCACCCCUCCUCCCCCGCCCCCCACUUCUGCGAGGAGAUCGAGCUAACGCUGCCCCCUUCCCCCGCCCCCUCCGACCCCGACCGCGCCCUCAAGCCUGCCCCUGCCCCCAAAAUGGACAUCUCCAACCGCGAGAGGGAGAAACUCAACCGCUUCCACUACCCCGACAGCCAGGAGCUGGAGGUGUGA